AGUACUUUUGGUAUUCAACUUCAAAACAACUGGAAAUUCCUAAAAUGCUUUUCAGUCGCACUCUACAGAAAUAAUAGAAAUAUAAACUAUAAACUAAGUACAGCAAGAACACAAAAUAAUGGCUGGCCUCCAUAACUAUUCCAAUUUAAAGUUCAAAGCAAGACUCGGUGAAUACGUUGAGGAGGGUAUUGACAAUGUCUGCAGUAACAAGACUCCACAGGAAAGCAGUCUUAGCCACCGCGAGAGGUCCAUUGUGGAUAAUCUAAAUGCGGACCAAGAUGCCACCACUAAAAUCCAAUAUCUCACUUUAGAGGAUGCUCUAUUGGUGCCGCUGGAGAAGCACAAGGUACUCGAUAAUUACAUGGAUCAAGAGGAAGAUGACCCAGUGCUUCGCAAGUAUCUCAUCUUUGGCGUUCAUUGGGUCUCCCUGAUCACCGAGCACCUGUUGAGCCAUCCGUUUAUAGUAUUACGACGGCAAUGUCAGGUGUACAAUGACUCAAAGAGCUAUCACUUGCAUCCCCUGGGACUUUUGCCAAGCAUUGUGCAUCUGCACAGAAGGCAGGGAGUGGGCACUCUGUGGAAAGGAGUGGGCAGCUGCCUUCUAGUGCACGGCAUGACCUUGGCCAUUGAUGAUGUGAUCUCCAAGUUUAGCAAGGAUCCAAGGAUGUGGAUAGCAGGAACCCUGAGGCGAUUCGGUCAACAUGUGGCCCUCAAAUGUUUAAGCAUUGCCCUGGUGGCUCCAUUCCAUGCUGCCCUCCUGGUGGAGACUGUGCAAAGUGACAUUGCCAGCGAGAAGACUGGACUUUUCGAUGUUUUCCGUGAGGGAAGCCUCCGGCUAUUCCUCUGGAGAUUCCCAAAGAGUGGAAGAAUGCUACCUGCUUGGGCUUUAAUUGGACCAAGUGUUACCUUUGGCAUCACAAAGUAUUUGUUCAAUCUGGUGAUUCAUGGUGUAUCUUCCCGCAUUAUGCGCCGGCGUAUGACUUUAGCAUUGGAUGUACCUGGUCGCAAGAAGGGGAACAAUGCCCUGGAGCAGCAGAAUGCAGAGAUAUAUGCCAGCCUGAUUGCCACACUGACCACCGAGGUUAUAUUCUUUCCCUUUGAGACCAUACUCCAUCGCCUGCAGUUGCAGGGAACGCGAACGAUAAUCGAUAAUCUUGACAAUGGAUGUGCUGUGGUCCCCAUCCUCACCAACUAUCAAGGUUUUGCAGACUGUUAUCGUACCACGAUUAUAACCGAGGGAGCCUGUGGCCUGUACAAGGGCUUUGGGGCAGUGAUUCUACAAUUUGCAGCCCAUGUGGCUGUCAUAAAGCUGGCCAAGUGGACAGUUAAUCAAAUAACAGCAGCCACAACCAAAAGACCUACGCCCCGUAUUGUUCAAUACUAUAGUAUUGGGGAUGGGCCAGAUAAUACUACGGAACCUAUAACUACUUCCAUAUCCGGACCAGAUUAGUGUCCCAUCAAUUGCAAUCAUUUGCCUUAAAUGUAACAAUGCAAAUUUGUAUGUAUCGUGCAAAAAAACAAAAAUGUGUUGAUUAAA